CGCUGAAGGCGGAAGUCGUCGUGGGACAAAGUGAACGUUGGAAAUAGUGGCGUCUCCCUUUAAAAAAAAAAAAAAAGAAAGAAAGGGGGGAAAAGCGUCGGCAUACGUUGCGACGUAGUCUGGUGGCCGUGGUGGUAACGCAAGGCAGUUUUUAUCCUCGAAUGACCCCGCAGUGCUGAGGCGAGAACAUCCCGUUCGGAAGUUAUUAAUAGCUCUCCUUGCGUCACCCAACUGCCGCGCUGCUAGACACGCAACGGAGCUCUGAACUGUGCCAGCCACACAUCCUCCUUCACAAAAAAGCUUAUAAAACAGUGAGGAGACGUCCUACGGCUGCCAGUGUCUCACAGCUCACGUGACGAAACCACCUUGGCUCUCCGGUGCUGAUGUUGGCCUUGACCCCUCUCGGCCGCUUAGAGCUUCUUCAGCAUGGACCCCAAGGGCGCCAGCGGCACCUUCAAGAGGUCCUCUCUCAAACGUAGCACGUCCGGCUCACAGAAGGCACAGCGAGUCUGGAUUGAAAGGACGUUUCUGAAAAGAGAAUGUAUACACAUCUUUCCCACUAAGGACACAACCAGGUGUUCAUGUGGUCAGCUGACAACGCAACAUGUGGCCAUCCCACCCGGCGCCAACUCUCUAGAAGAGGCCCACCAGCUUGUGCAGAUCGACACCCUCAAGGACAAAUGGAGCGUGAUCAAGCACACCAGGACCUACCCGACGGACUCUUUCGGCGUGAUCGAGUUCCAGGGUGGCGGGUUCAUCAACAAGGCCAUGUACAUCCGAGUCUCCUACGACACCAAACCGGACAACCUGCUGCAUCUGAUGGUGAAGGACUGGCAGCUGGAGCUGCCCACUUUACUCAUCUCUGUGCACGGAGGCCUCCAGAACUUUGACCUUCAGCCCAAACUCAAGCAAGUUUUUGGCAAAGGCCUGAUUAAAGCCGCCGUCACCACUGGUGCAUGGAUCUUCACGGGUGGCGUCAACACAGGCGUGAUCCGUCAUGUGGGAGAUGCCUUGAAGGAUCAUUCCUCCAAAUCACGAGGGAAAGUGUGCGCAAUAGGAAUCGCCCCUUGGGGCAUCCUGGAGAACAAAGAGGACCUCAUCGGGAAAGAUGUGACCAGACCAUACCAGACCAUGGCCAACCCACUGAGCAAAUUAGCGGUACUCAACAACAGCCACUCGCACUUUAUCCUGACCGACAAUGGCACUUGCGGCAAGUACGGCUCUGAGGUCAAACUGCGGCGCCUGCUGGAGAAGCACAUCUCGCUGCAGAAGAUCAACACCCGUCUGGGCCAGGGAGUUCCACUGGUGUGUCUAAUAGUGGAAGGAGGUCCGAAUGUUAUUUCCAUCGCACUGGAGAGUCUGCGAGACGAGCCUCCCAUUCCGGUGGUGGUGUGCGAUGGGAGCGGCCGUGCUUCUGACAUUAUUUCUUUCGCACAUAAAUUCUCAGAAGAUGGAGGGUUGGUUAGCGACGAUGUGCGAGAUCAACUUUUGGUGACCAUUCAGAAAACGUUCAACUACAGCAAAAGCCAGUCGCAGCAAAUCCUACUCAUGGUGAUGGAGUGUAUGAAGAAGCGGGAACUGAUCACCGUUUUUCGAAUGGGUUCUGAGGGUCAGCAAGAUAUAGAAAUGGCCAUUCUUACGGCCUUGUUAAAAGGCACGAACGCUUCCGCGGCCGACCAGCUCAGUUUGGCGCUGGCUUGGAACCGAGUGGACAUUGCUCGCAAUCACAUCUUUGUCUAUGGACAUAAUUUACCUCCUGCCGGUGCCAUCGCUAGCACGACGACCACGCUUGUCCCGGCCCAGGAAAAGCAGAAGAGUCCUGCCAGCGCCCCUCGCAACAAAAACCGGGGAAAGAAGGGGAAGGGCAAAGGAAAGGCUAAACCGGAACCUCCAGAAGAAACAGAUCCACGCAAGUUGGAGCUCAUUCGUUGGGUAAAUUCUCUGGAACAGGCCAUGAUGGAUGCUCUGGUACUAGACAGAGUGGACUUUGUCAAGCUGCUUUUGGAGAAUGGUGUAAAUAUUCACCAUUUCCUCACUAUUCCAAGACUGGAGGAGCUGUACAAUACGAAACUCGGCCCAGCGAAUACUCUGCACGCCGUAGUACGAGAUGUCAAAAAGGGAAACCUUCCCCCUGAUUACCAGAUCACCUUGAUUGACAUCGGCCUGGUGCUGGAGUACCUCAUGGGUGGCGCUUACAGGAGUAAUUAUACCAGAAAGGCUUUUCGCAACCUCUACAAUACUCUGUACGGACUUAAAAGGCCCAAAGCGCUCAAGCUUCUCGGGAUGGAGGAUGACGAACCUCGACCUAAAGGCAAGAAAAAGGCGAAAAAGAAAAAGGAGGAAGAGGUGGAGAUUGACGUGGAUGAUCCAGAGGUGUGUCGCUUCAAGUAUCCUUUCCACGAGCUGAUGCUGUGGGCGGUGCUGAUGAAGCGGCAAAAGAUGUCGCUCUUUCUGUGGCAGCGGGGAGAAGAGGCGAUGGCCAAGGCACUGGUGGCAUGCAAACUCUUCAAGGCCAUGGCCCACGAGUGCUCAGAGAGCGAGCUAGUGGACGACAUCUCCCAAGACUUGGAGAACAAUUCCAAAGAGUUUGGUCAGCUGGCAUACGAACUUCUCGACCAGUCUUACAAGCACGACGAGCAAGUCGCCAUGAAACUUUUGACCUACGAGCUGGUGAAUUGGAGCAACUCCACCUGUCUGAAGCUGGCCGUAGCCGCCAAGCAACGAGACUUCAUUGCCCAUACCUGCAGCCAGAUGUUGCUCACAGACAUGUGGAUGGGAUGCUUGAGGAUCGGAAAGAACCCUGGCCUGAAGGUCAUUUUGGGAAUCAUCUUUCCACCACUAAUUCUUCUGCUGGAUUUCCGUCUCGGAGAUGACGUGGCCUACAUUGCACCUGCAGGCAAAGAAGAGGGGAAAGACAAAGAUGAGGACACAAAGUCCAGCAAGGACCCCAAUGACGCCACUUCCCGGAAGGGGGAUGAAGAGGAAGGCAAUGCCAAUGUCCGCAAAAUCCCAAUUGGCAAAAGAUUAUUUGAAUUUUAUGAUGCACCCUUCACCAAAUUUUGGUUCAACACAAUAUGCUACCUAGGUUACCUGAUGUUGUAUAAUUACAUCAUCUUGGUAAAGAUGGAGCGAUGGCCAUCCUUACAAGAGUGGACCGUCAUUGCUUACAUUCUUACCCUCGGUAGUGAGAAAGUCAGACAGAUAUUGAUGUCCGAGCCUGGCAAGCUAAAACAGAAGAUCAGCGUGUGGCUGGAGGAGUACUGGAAUAUCACCGACUUGGUGGCCAUCUCCACCUUCCUCCUCGGUCUAAUGCUGAGGCUGCAGAGAGAGCCUUACAUGGGCUACGGGAGAGUCAUUUACUGCAUAGACAUCAUCUUCUGGUACAUCCGAGUCCUGGACAUCUUUGGAGUCAACAAAUACUUGGGACCCUACGUGAUGAUGAUUGGAAAGAUGAUGAUCGAUAUGAUGUACUUUGUGGUCAUCAUGUUGGUGGUGCUCAUGAGCUUCGGGGUGGCCCGCCAAGCCAUCCUUCACCCUGAUGAGGAGCCCACGUGGCGUCUGGCUCGGAACAUUUUCUAUAUGCCCUACUGGAUGAUCUAUGGAGAGGUUUUUGCCGACUCGAUAGACCUCUAUGCAAUGGAAAUCAACCCUCCAUGUGGUGAGCAUUUGUAUGAUGAAGAUGGAAAGAAGUUGCCGCCGUGUAUUCCUGGCGCCUGGCUCACACCUGCAAUUAUGGCCUGUUACCUUCUCGUGGCCAAUAUUCUCCUUGUCAACCUACUCAUUGCUGUCUUCAACAACACCUUCUUCGAGGUUAAGUCAAUCUCCAACCAGGUGUGGAAGUUUCAGCGCUAUCAGCUGAUAAUGACGUUUCACGACCGGCCCAUCCUGCCACCGCCGCUCAUCAUCUUCAGCCACCUCUACAUCCUCUUCAGCAGGCUCUUUCGACGCUGCGCCAGGAAGAAGCAAGAUGGCGAACUUGACGAGAAGGAUCGCGGUCUUAAGCUAAGACUGAAUCCGGAGGAGCUGAAGAAUCUGUACGAGUUUGAAGAACAAUGUGUGGAGGAAUAUUUUCGGGAAAAGGAAGACGAGCAGCAGUCCUCGAGCGAUGAACGCAUCAAGGUUACCUCUGAAAGAGUUGAGAACAUGUCCAUGCGUCUGGAGGAGGUUAACGAAAGGGAGAACACCAUGAAGGCCUCCCUGCAAACGGUGGAUCUGCGCUUGGCCCAACUGGAGGAGAUCCACGGACGCAUGGCGCUGGCCUUGGAGAAGCUGGCGGGGGUGGACCGGCUGGAGCUGACCAGGACUCAUUCCCGCAAUUCGUCAGUGUGUGACCCCUCAUCUUUAGUUCGUCAAGGGAGCAUCAACAGUGCCGACGGGUACAGCUUGUACCGCUUCCACAUGGACAUGGAGGAGUUUGCGAGCAAGCAGAAGGAUGUGGAAGAACCGCUGAAAAGUGGUCUGGAGAGAGAGAAGAGUACAACGUCCAGCAUUGCUAAGGAGAGUGUUCACAACUUAGAAGUGGGCAGCCUGAGUAGAACAAGGCCCGGUUCUUGCGUGGACAUCCUCAUAUCUCCAUGUGAACCCAAGCAGGCAUCUGCAGGAUCGAGUCACGACAGCUUAAGUGACAAGCUGCUGCUCGGAAGUUCGCAGCUUCUAGAUCGAAUCGCAGACAAGAACAGACUCAAACCGUCCUCGCCGCCUAAACGGACUAAAUCGCUGAGACACUACCCGGCCGAAGAAACGGGGCCCUCUCCGUUGACCAAGAGGAGGAGUAUGAGCACCAUUGUCAUCAGCCCUCCCGAUGAACCAGAAGAACCGGCUGACGUUGCUAAUGAAGUCCAACUUCCUCCGGUGACAUCCUCUUCCCCAAAACGGACCAAAUCAUUACGUAAUGUCCCUACCGAGAAUCCGGACCAAACUUCCCCCGUCACAAAGAGGAGGGCCAUGAGCAGCAUUAUUUACAGGCCGGCGGAAGCACUCGACGAUGAGCUCCACGCGCAAGACUACACGUCGUUUGUGGAACAGGCGGCCAAAACGCCCAAACAAUGGCCUGCCGAUCUGGAGUACACGUUACACCCAAGCUCUGUCGGUUACAUGCCUAAAGUGUCAACAGUCAGAAGGACCAUUCAGCAGUUUCAAACCACCGCAGGAGCAGAGCUCCAAGCAACUGACGGUAUGGAUCCGGUUCCCGCGGAAAGACAAGAAGCGCUCCCAGGAGAACAAAUAAAGACUAGGGUGAAACGAAACAUGUCGGAUGGUGCGCAGUACCUGACCGUAGCGGAAGAUAUGUACCUGCCCUCGCAUAGGUCCCUGAGUUGGAACGCAAAAGAUCGCAAAGCAAGAGGCGCGCUUGUUAGCAGGAGAGCGUGCAGCAGUGAGCGAGACCUCGUGGACGUGGGCAGGGAAGCAAAGACGGAUCAGGACACGCCAUCAUGAAAGAGGAGCAGAAUUACUGUAUUUUUCGGACUAUACAGUGAGGCAAAUAAGUAUUUAGUCAACCACUAAUUGUGCAAGUUCUCCCACUUGAAAAUAUUAGAGAGUCCUGUAAUUGUCAACAUGGGUAAACCUCAACCAUGAGAGACAGAAUGUGGAAAAAAAAAAAAAAAAGAAAAUCACAUUGUUUGAUUUUUUAAGAAUUUUAUUUGCAAAUCCUGGUGGAAAAUAUGUAUUUAGUCAAUACCAAAAGUUAAUCUCAAUACUUUCUUAUGUACCCUUUGUUGGCAAUAACGGAGGCCAAACGUUUUCUGUAACUCUUCACAUGCUUUUUACACACUGUUGCUGGUAUUUUGGCCCAUUCCUCCAUGCAGAUCUCCUCUAGAGCAGAGAUGUUUUGGGGCUGUCAUUGGACAACAUGGACUUUCAACUCCCUCCACAGAUUUUCCAUGGGGUUGAGAUCAGGAGACUGGCUAGGCCACUCCAGGACCUUGAAAUGCUUCUUACGAAGCCUCUCCUUUGUUGCCCUGGCUGUGUGUUUGGGAUCAUAGCCAUGCUGAAAGACCCAGCCACGUCUCAUCUUCAAUGCCCUUGCUGAUGGAAGGAGAUUUUCACUCAAAAUCUCUCGAUACAUGGCACCAUUCAUUCUUUCCUUUACACAGAUCGGUCGUCCUGGUCCCUGUACAGAAAAACUGCCCCAAAGCAUGAUGUUUCCACCCCCAUGCUUCACAGAGGGUAUGGUGUUCUUCGGAUGCAAUUCAGUAUUCUUUAUCAUCCCAACACGAGAACCUGUAUUUCUACCAAAAAGUUCUAUUUUGGUUUCAUCUGACCGUAACACAUUCUCCCAGUCCUCUUCUGGAUCAUCCAAAUGCUCUCUAGCGAACCGCAGACGGGCCUGGACGUGUACUUUCUUCAGCAGGGGGACACGUCUGGCAGUGCAGGAUUUGAGUCCCUGGCGGCGCAUUGUGUUACUGAUAGUAGCCUUUGUUACUGUGGUCCCAGCUCUCUGUAGGUCAUUCACUAGGUCCCCCCGUGUGGUUCUGGGAUUUUUGCUCACUGUUCUUGUUAUCAUUUUGACGCAGCGGGGUGAGAUCUUGCAUGGAGCCCCAGAUUGAGGGAGAUUAUCAGUGGUCUUGUAUGUCUUCCAUUUUGUAAUAAUUGCUCCCAAUAAUUGCUCCCACAGUUGAUUUGUUUACACCAAACGUUUUACCUAUUUCAGAUUCAGUCUUCCCAGCCUGGUGCGAGUCUACAAUUUUGUCUCUAUUGUCCUUCGACAGCUCUUUGGUCUUGGCCAUAGUGGAGUUUGGAGUGUGACUGACUGAGGUUGUGGGCAGGUGUCUUUUAUAUCGAUAAUGAGAUAAAACAGGUGCCAUUAAUACAGGUAACGAGUGGAGCCUCGUUAGACCUCGUUAGAACAAGUCAGACCUCUUUGACAGCCAGAAAUCUUGCUUGUUUGUAGGUGACCAAAUACUUAUUUUCCACUCUAAUUUGGAAAUAAAUUCUUUAAAAAUCAAACCAUUAAUUUGGAAAUAAAUUCUUUAAAAAUCAAACAAUGUGAUUUUCUGGGUUUUUUCCACAUUCUGUCUCUCAUGGUUGAGGUUGAACCAUGUUGACAAUUACAGGCCUCUCUAAUCUUUUCAAGUAGGAGAACUUGCACAAUUGGUGGUUGACUAAAUACUUAUUUGCCCCACUGUAAGUCGCAGUAUUUUUCAUAGUUUGACCGGGGAUGCAACUUAAUACUCUGGAGAAACUUAUGUGUGAAAUUAUUAACACAUUACGGGUAGUUCCCUGGGUACGACAUACCCGACUUACACGAUUUAGACUUUACGACGCCUGAGUAUGGUCCGCCAUGUUUUUGUUGUUGCGUAUACAGUACCUAGUUCUAAGCAGUACCAAGCAGAAAUAUGAGGACAUAGUCCCAAUUUUGAAGAUUAACCGUUUAUGGGAAAGCUUUAUAGUUAUUAAUACUUUUUUCAACCUUAUUUUAUAACUGAAUUUCUUAAAAAAAAAAAAAGUUCACAGAAAAAAAAAUCUUAAGAUAAAAAGUCAAAAUGAAAAUAACUCGAAAAUAUGAGAUGAAAAUGUGAUGUUUUGACAGAGAUUAAAAUGUUUCGAAAUUGCUACUAAGGUAAAGAUACAAUAUGUACAGAAAUGUAAAGGGGAAAAAAGCAGUUUGUUGAAUAGUGUUUUAAUUUAUAGAGGUAAUCAUAUGCGGAUUUUAGGGGGGCCAGGCCCCCCUGGUGGCCAAAAAGUGUCAUUGCAUGUAAUUGACUUUCCUAUAUAUAAAAGUUGUAAAGCAAUAAAACUGCAACAAAAAUGAAUGAAAUGAACAAAAAUAUAUAUUUUUGUAAUGGGUCAAAAUUAUUUUUCGAGCACCUUAGCCGGUCAUUUGCUUUGCAUAUAAUUUUCAACAACAAAAAGUAGGGAAAAAAAUUAAUAAAAUGUUUUUUUUUCUUUGAUUGAAAAAUUUUUUUUUUUUUUUGAUUGAAGCAACCUUUUGUGGGAUUGAAUGAUUUAGACACAAGUGUCCUAAUCAUGAUAUGGCUCAAACACAAAAAAGAUUGCUUCAAAGAACUUUUUCAAUGAAAAAUUGAUCAAAUGCAAAAUUUUCAAUCUCAAAUAUUUUUUUGCAUUCAAAAACUUUUUCUGUGAUUGAAUUUUAAUUUUUUUUUUUUUUGAUGGAAGUGGUUUUCUUUUUGAAAAUCUAUUUUUAAGCAACUUAUUUUUAGAUUGAAUAAUAAAGACAAAAAUGUCCUAGCCAAAAUGUGGCCCAAACACAAAUCGACAUUACUUCAAUCAAAAACGUUGCGUCAAUAAAAAAAAAUAAUAAUAAAAAAAAAAAAACGACUUCCAUCAAAAAAAACAAAAAACAAUUAUUU